AUGUAAAAGAAAGAUUAAAUAAAUGAGGGUAGUUAGUAAGAUAAAAGAAGAUAGUUUUAGUAAGAUAAAUUUUAUAGAUAUAAUAUUUGUAAAGUAUUAAAUAAUAAUAAAGAAAUGACACAUGGUAUGAAUAAUAAAUUAAAAGGUAGUACUUUAUUUUGGAAAGACAUUAGCGAAUCUUUAGACUGAGAGUUUAGGGAGCUAGUAAUAGAUGUAUGAAUAUGUAUAAAGAUUAGAUUAACGAGAGUAUGUUUACCAGAGAAUGUUUUUUCGAAUGAUUAAACAAAAUAGAACAAAGGAGGGGAAUAAUAAGUAGGAUUUGUGAAAGUGAUUUGUAAAGAGAAUAUGGUGUUUUUAAUAGAUCGUAUGUUUUAUAUAUAUAUAUAAUAUUAGACAAAUGUGAAUUGUGGGCUUUUGGAGGAUCAAAUGAAGGUUAAUUGGGAUUACGUAUAGCAGGUUUAGUAUAUCCAGUAAAUUUAUCACAGGUGAUGGAUACAAAAAUAAAAUAUGUGACAGCAAGUUAGAAUUUUGUAUCAGUAUAUACAAUGAAAAAUCGAUUAUAUAUUUGGGGAAAGAUGGAAGAAUUGAAUUUAGGAGAAUGUUAAAAACAGAAAAGAGUGGAAUUUAGUAAAACUAUAGAUAGGAGAUACGAAUUCUAGUGUUAUGAAAUAUCAACAAUAAUUCAAGGUAAUUAAGGAAAGAAUGAAUUAUAAUAAUUAGAAUCAAGUGGAAACAAACUUUAUUUAUUGACACAAGACUGUUUAUUUUUAAUAUCAAAUAAAAUAGUGUAGAUAAGAUAAAAUUUUGUAGGAUUGGCUUGUAAUUAAAAUCAUGUAUUAGCUUGGGAUAUUGAAGGGAGAGUUUGGAGCUGGGGUUCAUAAUCAGAUGGAAAAUUAGGUUAUAUGAAUUUUGAAUAAUAAGAAUAGAUCUAACCAAAAUUAGUAGAAAACUUAAAAAAUAGAAUAAUAUAAUGUGCUUGCGGAUUAAAUUAUAGUUUAGCUUUAGAUGUAAAAGGUGAUAUUUAUGGAUGGGGAAAAGGUCCAUUUAAAAUUGAAUUAUUAAAAGCUACUUAACCUACAAAACUAAUUGAUAAAAAUAAAUCAUUUGUUAAAGUGAUUGCUGGAGAAGAACAUUUUGGUGCUUUAGAUAUGGUUGGUUAAUUAUUUGUUUGGGGAUUAAAUCAUAAUAAUUGUUUAGGUUAAAUGGAUGAAGAAGUAUAAAGACCUACUCUUUUUGAAUUAAGUGGCCUUAAGAUAAUUGAUGCAAGUAUGGGACCUACUUGUACAGUACUUAUUGUUCCAUCUGGUAGAUUAUAAAAAUUACCUAAUCUUAAUUUAGAUACUUUUACUAAUCAAUAAAAGAAAUGUUUUAUUGAAGAAGCAAGUUUGAUUAGAGAUUUUACUGAAAGAAGGAAUAGAUAAACUUUGAUGUAAAUGCUUACUCCAACUUAGAGUAAAUAACAUAUAUCUGAUGAUAAGGAAUAUGAUAAAGCUAAUUAACUUAUUCAUCUUAUGUAAUUAAAAUUAGAUUCACCAAGAAUUAAAUAAACUUUUAAUUCUACUCACUUUUCAAAUUCAAUCUUUAGUAAUAAUGAACUAUCCAAUAGAACAAUGCGUUCACCUAUUUCAUUUGAUAAUGUUUAAAACAAAUUAAAUAAAUUAGAAAAUAAUAACCCUCUUUACUUGCCCAUUUUACCCAGAUUUUAAAUGACAUCUAAUACAAAUGAAGAUGAAAUUAAUCUCGAUUUUCUUAUUUAAACUGAUGAUGAUGAACUUAAAUAUCGAUAUAUAUAAUUAGUUAAGGAUAAUUCAGAAGAUUAAGUACUUAUGUAAUUACUUGAUGAAUAAACAAAUAAAAAAACUCAUUCAUUUUAAACUCCAAGACAUUAACUUACUAAAAUUAAAUUAUAAAGUGAACCUAAGAUUAUUAAAUUUAAUGAUAAAUAUGAUAAAUUAGAUCCAAAUCUACUUGAAAAUGUUAAAAAAGAACUUGCUGAAAUAAGUAAAGAAAGAUGGAAGUAAUAUUUAAAAAAAAGAAAAAUUAGAUAAAAUAAAAUUAACAUGCUCAAAACUAAAUUUUAAAUGACAAAAUUAGAAUAAAUGUCUAAAGAAGAAUAAAUUGAAUCAAAUCGUUUAUAAGCUGUUGAAAAAAAUGUUAAAAUCCAAUAUACUAUUUUAAGAAAAGAAGAAAGACUCAAAACUAAAUUAGAAGGACUAUAACAAUAAUUACAUGAAAAUUCAACAGAAUUCUAAAUCAAAAAAAAAACCGAAAUGAAAAAAGAAGUAGCUAAAUUCUUUGCUUUUUUAUUAUUAUUAUAGUAUUUAGAUUUUGAAGCAUCUUGUUAAAUGUUUGAAGAAGCUGCUUUUCGAGGUUUGUAAAAAAAGAGGCUUCUAUUUCAAGCUAAUAAUAAAGCAAAAAUAAUUCAAAAAGCUGUCAGAAGAAGAAAUAUUAUUAAAAUGAUUAACAACAAUUUAGGAGAAAAACCUAAAAAAAUUUUACUCUCCUUUAUCUUUAGAAUUAGAAUGUCCAUCAGAAUCAAAAAAAGAAGAUUACUCUUCAGGAAACUUAAUCUAUUCUAUCAACGAAAUUAAUUAUUCCUAAAAGUUCGUAUGAGUUUAAAUAUUAUGAUGAAAUCAACUAAAAAUAUUUAAACAUUUUGUAAAUUUUAUAAUCAAACUAUUAAAACUUAAUUAAGUUACCUUAAUUACAAAUGGGAUGAAUAUUUGAAAUAAGAAUUUAAAGGGCUUGUUAUUGAUAAAGACAAAGAAGAAUAAAAAAUUAACUAAUUGUAAUUUUUAAAUGAAAAAUAAAUUCAAAUCAUGAAAUAACUAUCAUAUCCUUAUAAAACUAAUAAAUAAUUAUUAAGGGAAAUGUAAUUGUAAAAAAAACCUAAAUUUAAAACAGAUAUACUUAGAAUCAAUAUUAUAAAGAAAAUUUAGAAUUUUCAACCUUAAGAAGAUGAACCUAAAGAUAGAGAAAUUCGAACCAGUUUCAACAAUGUUUUAUUACCAUAUACUAAAUAUGUAGAUAACAUAAUAAUUCCAUAAAAUUUUAGAAUUAGAUUUGAUUAUCAAGAAAUUCAAUUAUUAAAUGUGCUUGAUAAAGUUAACUAAGAAGAAGCUAAACUUAAAUUGGAAUUAUUAUAAACUUAUUAAAGAAUUUAAAGAAAAGACUAUAUAUAAUAGUGUAGAAACGUAUAUAUCAAUAUUCAUUUUAGUAUUUUUAAGCACUUUGUGAAUUUAAAUAAAAGAAUAAAGUAUUAAUUGGAACUGAAAGAAUGAAAAUGAUGUCUAAGUUGAGUUCAGAUGAAAUCAAAUAAUUAAAACUAAAGGAUGAGAUUGAAUAUCGUAGUUUAGUAUAAAAAAGAGAUAUUAACAUGAAGAGAUGUAAACAAAUAUAAUUUAUUUUUUAAUAGUUAGAAUGUUUGAUAGUGGUUUUAAAGAAAACAUCUUUGAAAAAAUUAAAGUUUUUUAAUAAGAUAAUUAUCCCUUCCAAUUAUUAACUUAUAAAUUAGUUAUUGCUUAAAGUAAAAUUGAACCUCCUAAAUUAACAAUGGAACUUAGUUACAAAGAAUGGGUGCGUUUAUUUAAGAACUAUCAUACAGAUUUUAAAAUUAGAUUGCAAUCAAUAAUGAGUGAAGCUAGAAGAGCUGCUGCAUAUAAAGCAAAAUAAAUAAAAAGAUCUACAACCAUCAAAUCAAAAUCUAUCCAAUCUAAAAAGGCAAUUGACAUAGUUUGA